GCGAUAAAUGAAAUUGUUAAGCGAAGUAAACAAAAAAUAAUAAUAAACUCGUUGACGGACAAGCAACGAAAUGUGUUCUGCUUACUCAGGUGGCUCCUGGAUUAGCGCCGUACUGGAUGAAAUUGCGCUGGAAGGCCUGGAAGGCACCACGCUGCCAAAUCUUUGGUCCUUGCUGGCCGACCGAUUACAAUGCGGCCAACCGCUGUCGGAGACGUUGCAGCAACAGGUAUGGACUCUGCUGCUGCGCUCCACGGACAAGGUGAAGUUCUAUGAGCUGCCCGAGGCACGUCCUCUGAUGCCACCCUAUAAUCGCAUCAACGACGAGGAUCCAGAACUGGGCAUUCCUGUGGUGCCCGAGACCUGCCCCUUUCUUCGUUUGCCUUAUGCGCCCGUCAAGGAUGGUCCCAUUAUGGGCAACUGUUCCGACUACAAGAAACGCAAGCCCAUCCACGUGAAAAUGCUACGCGAAAUGAGUGUUGCAGAGGCCAUCGAACGGUGGAAUCAAACACUAGUCGUAGUUGCCAGCCAGGAUGAACGUCUAAAAGCGCUGAAGCCACCGAAUUUGCUGAAGCCCCGGGAGCUGUCUGUGCAGCAGUACAUUUUCUGGGAAUGCAUUGGACGCUCCCGCUACAAUGGCGAAACAACGAGGGGUCCCUGGUCAAUGACCAAUUACUUUAAGGAUUCCUGCUUUCUAUUCUACACCAAAAAUAAAUUCAUGAAGAUGAACAUAGUGUUCAGUCAGCCGUAUACGGAGCGUCACAAUGGACGCACCCUGUUGUCGUUGCUGGUGAUGUUGCCGCGCUUCCAUCGCAUCUACAAGAGUCACGUGCAACGCGUCAUCGAGCGGGUGUAUGUCGAGGUGAAGGCAAGCCCGGAACAGUAUGUGCCCACCAAUGAUGUACAGCAGCGGGUGAAGGGACUCACCUCGUCGAGACUGAAGAAGCUGAUCCUCUCGCACAACUUUCGCAAGUUCUUUGAGACGUCACUGGUGCAUCCGUCACCGCCUGCUGGCAGCGGCACGUCCAAGGAUCAGCAGAAGGGUCGCCGAAUAUCAGUGAUUCGUCUGCGCAAUUCCGACACAAAGUUCGAUGAGCUCACCCAAGUGAACGCCAAUGAUGACAAAGACGACAAACAACCGUCGGAUGACUUUCUGAACCAUCGUCACGCCCACAUCAGCAUGCCCAUCGAACUGGAAAGCCUGCGAGCCAUCAAGCGGUUCGGCGAGCGCGGCAUGAGCACCGUAGAACUGUCCCAAUAUACCUGCAUCAAUGUCCAGCUGGCACGCGGUGUCAUCAAGCAUCUGCUGGCCAGAAAGAAGAUCUAUAAAUAUACGGAUACGGUGGGCAAAACGCGUAUCAUUCGCCACGUGGCAAUUGGAUUACCAACAGCGGCGACAGAUGGCGAUCCGAAAUCCGAGCAGGGCGAGAAGAUCGAACAGAAACUACAGUGCAAGGAGGAACUGAAUUUUCCGCCAAACAUCGAUAUUGUGGUCAAUGAUCUGCCGAACAUAAAGUCCAAUGUGCGCCACAUGACGUUCCCCAAGAAAAUGGGCAGCAAUCCGGAGAAUGAGACGCGUCGUCAGCUGGAGCGCAAAAAGAUAAUUGUCCAGCAAAUCGAUAAGACGUGCAUCGUUCACACAACGGAUGUGGUGCGGGCCAUUGCCCAGUUGGAGCUGAACAUUGGUUGGCGUGGCAAGAUCUGUCGCAAAUCGAUGUUCCGCCUGCUACAGCGGAUGCAGCAGGUCCACGUUGUCAAUGCGUACGAGGUGACGCUCGAGUAUGAGCAUCUGGUGCGCAUCUACCGACUGGUCACCCAUCCCAAGAUCGACAUCGAGCACGAGCAGCUGCAGCGCGAGGUGUUGCGCCUGAAGAGCAACUUCCGACUGCUCAGCGAGGAGCGACUCUUGCGUCCUUCCCAGCUGCGCGAGACCGAGCGCCGUGAGGUGCUCGCACGCAAGAAGCUGCGGGCGGAUCGAUUGCUGCACUCGUCGGCCCUGAAGACGAAGCCGACGGCGCCCAAACUGCUGCUUGCGUGCACGUUGCACGAGUUUCUCUUCUAUUUGCUGCGCGAACAGACGGCGCAGCAGCAGCCGCUGGAGAUGAAUGUGGAGCUGCUGCAGCAUUGGCAGCGCAGCGAGCCAUCGCUGUUGACGCGCCAGUUCCUCGACGAGUGGCAGGCGAGCGAGUCCCAGGUGCUGCCCUACACCCAGGAGAUAAGCUGGCGCACAUUUAUACCACCGCUGCCGCAGUAUGCGGAUAAACCAGCCGGUUGGCUCUAUUUCAUUGAUGCACUGGAGCGCAUGCCGUUGUCGCUGAUGAUGCGUCUGUUUCGCGUGGAGCGCGAUGUAGCCGAUCAGCUGCGUCCGCAGCUGCAGCAUCCGGUGAGGCAGCACUAUCUGUUGGGGCAGCUGCAGCUGCAGAAUCUUAUACCACGCCUCAAUCUGCAGCAGCGCUAUCUGAACACACUGCGUCUGCUCAACAACAUGGGUCUGUUACAGGUUAGCGAGCGCCAGCUGGGGCGCGAUGCUCUGCAGCGUUGGAUUUACCUGAAUAGACGAAGCUGCCUGCUGGACACCACCACCAGCAGUGGCCACAACUUCAAGUGCAUCAGUCCGGAGCGCAGCUACGAGCGGCUGCACUUUGAGUUUGAGUCACGCGAACAGGUCGACGACUAUUGGGCCAAGCUGCAGAAUAUCUGCAUCUAUACGAAGCUGGGCUUCCUCAAGCAUCGCGAGCGCAAGGUUGGCAGCCGCAAGGAUCAGCGUCUGCCGCUGUUAACCUUUGUGCGCACCGUGGACUUUGACGAAGCAUUGGCGCUGGAUGAUGGUAGCGUGCCCGGUGAUCAACAGGGCGCGGCUGGUCUCAGCUCAUCGCUGUAUGCACAUCAGUUCAGGCAUUGGUCGUGGGUGAAACGCUCCUCGGUGGCUGCCACCCGGACGACGGCCAGCAAUGCCCGCCAGUCGACCGCACAGUUUCCCGUACGCAAGCGUCUCAGUCUGAUGCGACUGAAGACUGUGCCAAGAUUCAGCAAGACACGCAAUCCCAACUCCUCGGGGGAUACGCGCAAGCGCAAAGGCGGACCCCGAGAUGACAUCGAUCGGGAUGCGUUGCGCAAUAUGCGCACACUGCGCGUCACCUGGUGCGCUGCCGAGGAUCGCCUGCUGAAGAUGGGUCGCGCUGUCUACUUGUUCAUCGAUGCCCCACUGCCGGCACUCUCGCUGUACAAUGUGGGCACCAUCUGCCGGGAUGUCAUCCGUCAGUAUCUGGGCAUCAACAAUAAGACAACGCAGGCUUGCGUGCGCCGGCUGCAGUUCCUCAUCCGCAUGAAGCGUGAUCAGCCAGAUGUGCGCAAUUGGAUCUAUAUGAUGCAGGCACAGCCGGAGUUCAAUGACAUCUACAAUGAGCGCUUCCUGCCGCAACUGAAGCGGGAAUAUCCCGUGCGCAGCGAUCAAAUCGAGGCGCUCCUCAUUCAUUUUCUGCUCAUCCUGAACAAGUUGCAUCGCAUGAUCAUCAAUGAGGAGAAUGUGUAUCGUCAGUUUUUGCUGCCCGACAAUCUGGAGGAUUAUCGUCGUCGGUUUAGGGAGUUCACGCCACUGAAUGUCGAACAGGAUACGCUGCUCUAUGCGAAUCCCAGCAGCGAGACAGACCUGCAGAUAACCGUGGUGUUUGGCGUGCUGCACAGCAUACUGUGCUGCAACAAGGACAAGACGCUCUUCAAUCUGCAGGCCUUCGAGAUCUACAAGCACUUCUCCGAGGAUGUGCUCAAUGCCGCCUUCAACAAGGCACGCGCCGAUUCGCUGCUGGUGGCGGUGCGACGUCGCAAUAUACAUCAUGUGAACCGUCAGGUGUCGGGACCUGGACAUCUGCUUAGCUCCAAGUACAAGUAUCGUUUGGUUUUCCAAAAGUAUAGUUACUUACUCUUCGAUGCGUAUUUUGCUCUGGGCCAGCGUUUCAAGGAUCCGAAAGUGGGCGCCAGUCUCCAGUUGGCUUCACCCAACUUUGCCCAGCUGCUGCUGCUCGCCGAACGGGUGGCGAAGCGUCGCCUGAGUCUAACGCUGCAGCUGCCAGCGAAUAUCUUGACGGUGGACACGACAUCGAUGUCACGUCAGAGCGGCUCUUCGUCGGAUCGCAUACUGGAUCAUUAUAGCAGCAUCUUUGAUAAUGCACCCCAAACGGAGUAUGCCAAGCGGCUGGAGAGCGUCUGCAGUGGUCGCCAGGCGGCUCGAGUGCGUUUCCAUCCCGCCAAUCUAACAUAUCGGGUGCCCUGCAGUGCUUAUAAUCUGCUGAACAAGCUGCCCCUUCGUUGCAUGCAUCUCUUUUGCGCCCUGGAUGCUCUGGGGCAGUCGGUCAACAUCAGUUGCGCCCGUUUGGAGCACGGCGAAUGCCCGUUCGGCUGCAUCAUGCGUAGUGGCAACUAUGUGAACGCUGUGGAACGCAUUGUCUACGAGCAUCGGGCCACGUUGCGUCAACUGGUCGCGGAUGCACUGCCUCAGUCGCCGCUGCAGCUGCAGCUGGACAGCUCCACGUCCAGCAGCACCACACUUAUCGUCUCGACAGCCAAUCUGCUGUCGCUCAUCCACAAACUGGAGACGUACUGGCGCCAGCAGCAGCAGCCACACGAGCAGAAGGAUCUCGGUAAGGCUUUGGCGGACAGCACUCUGCACAAGACCACAGAUUGGCGCACGUUGUGCAAUCGUCUGCUGGACUUUGAGGCGGGCAAAGAAGAUACGGAACGCACCCAGGACUAUGAACCGUCGCUGAACAAGGAGGAGCGUGCCCGGGCGCAGGAUGUGUUUGUGGUGCAUCUGCCCACCAUAAGCAUGCAGCAGACGGAGCACCAACCGCUGCAGGCUAAGCAAGAAGAGCUGCACAAAGCUGUGCUCGAUAUGGUGGCCAAAGCCACCUAUUGGAGGUAUACGGAUAAUACGUUUGAGUCGCUGCUGCCGACGCUGGAGCAGGAGCGCAACUAUGAUGCGAGCGCCAUUCAACAUGUGAAGGACAUACUGGAGUAUAUACAUGAACGCCCCUUGGGCGCUGAGAGCGUGGAGCUGCGACGCACUUUUCCGUUUGGCAACUUUCUGCUGGAGGCGCUCCAUGAAUUGGAGGCGCAUGAUCUGAUCAAGCGUGUGGGCGUGGCCAGCCAUAUGUAUGUGCAUAGGGAGCACAUGCGCCACUGGGUGGUCCACACGUUCCACAUCAAGCGGCUGGAGCGUGAGCGUGUCCAAUCUUUGGUUGCUGCCUCGCCGUCAACGCUGCCAGCGGUCGUCGGACAAAAACGCAAGCUGGCUGAGCUGCAGGAGCAGGAGCAGGUGCAGGUGGAGCAAGAGCAGGAGCAGGCGGAGGAGCAGCCGAGCACCAGCAAGGAGGCAAAGCUAUCGCAGCAGGAGAGCAACAGCAAUGAUGAUGAGGAGCUGAUGCCCCAACCCAGCGCCCGUCACUCGAAACGCAUCAAGCGCAUCAGUGCAGCAGCCAAGCAGGAGGCGGCAGCUGUUGUCCCGCCUGCAAUAGAGUCAGACACCGCACGGGAUGUGAUUGUCAUGCGGCCACAGCCCUGGAUACGGGUGAAUGCCUCACUCAAUCGACGCGUCCUCGAUCGCUGGAUGGGCGCCGUGCUGAGCGAGUGCAUCACUCGCCACGGCUGCACUGUUUACAGUUUAUUCCUGCGUUUUCCACAUCUGCUACCCGUCGACACGAUGCUUCUGCUGGAACUACUCUGUCAGCUGGAUUGCAUACACCUCAUGGAGUUGCAACCGCCGAAAUUGCACUUGGAGUGCUUCGGCGAUGAGGAGGAGUUCAGGGAGCAGCAGGUCACAGUGCUCUACGAUCCCAAUUUCACCUAUGUUAAAGUCCAUGCGGAUGCAAUCGAAAAUUUCACCAACUUUGUGGGCGUUAAGAAAUACAACUCGGAAUUUAUUUAAGCUGCGCUAAUUAUAAAUGCUAGCCACGCCAGAGUUGAAUAGAAAUAUAUACGCUAUACAGGAGGUUGCCUCCUUUGUACUUGA